AUGGAGCCCGACGAGACGAGAGAAGUAAAAGUAACGCUUAACAGUGCCCUCGAUAUUGUUGGUUUCGGUCUAUACAGCUAUUUGCUCCUAGUGUUGACUGGAAUGGUGAUCAUGUCAUAUUCAUGUAUCGUGUUCAGCAACACAGUCCUCAUUCCGAUCAGCUCGUGCGAUUUGAAGAUCGGCAGUUUCCAACAAGGACUGUUAGUGGCGAUGCCUUCUAUCGGAGCCAUAUUGGGUGCCUUAUUUUGGGGCUAUUUAGGAGAUACUCACGGUCGUAGAAGAAUGUUGCUCACGUCUUUAUUUUUGGGGGCUACGACGAACGCUCUCUCAAGCUUAUCUGUCAACUGGUUCAUGCUGAUCGUGGUACAAUUCAUUGCCUCCGUACUUGUUUCUGGUCAACAACCACUCUCUAUGACAUUGUUGAGUGAAUGUGUGCCGGUGGACAAGCGUAACCUGGCGAUUAUCCUAGUCACCAGCAUCUAUCUGUUCUCACAAGGUUUGAUGGCAGUUAUUGCUAUGCCAAUAGCUCCUCUUGACUUCUCGUUGUACAUGCCACAUCUGGGAAUCUACUGGACCCCCUGGCGGGCUAUAAUGUUGAUAUACUCCACUCCCAGCUUGGUUUGCUUCAUCUGGAUGUUUUUCAUGCAAGAGAGCCCUAAGUACGUCUUCAUCAAUAAAGAUGAUGUGCAUGCUCUCAAAGUGUUGAAAGUCAUUCAUCGGGUCAAUAAUCUGAUUUCGGGAGAACCAUUUGAGGUGACGGGCCUGAUCCAAACAACCGAGCAGCCGGAGAACAUGAAGAGUGACGCUUCCUUCUGGACAAAACUGAAGCCGUUCUUCAAGAAACCGCUGCGGUGCCAAGUCAUACUGGUCACCUUGCUGUACUCCUUACAAUUCAUGUGGGUGUUCAAGGUAUGGCUGCCGACCAUAGCGAAUCAAUUUAUGAUCAUCAUGGACACCGGGAGCGGGUCUGAUCUGACAAUUUGUCGCGCAUUUGCUUUGAGUUUGCAAGACCAGAGCGAGGGUCCUUGUAAGCUGAAGAUCAAAGCACUAUCCCUGGUAUUAGCCGUGUGUGUUGUGCAAGCUAUAGCCAACAUUGUGCUAAGUCUGUUAAUCAAGCGCGUUGGCAGGCGUAACCUGGUCAUCAUCAUCACCUCCGUGUGCGGUGUGUGUGGCAUUUUCGUCAACGUUAUUCCUAACGCGAUCGCGAGCGCAUCACUGUUCACUGUUCAAAUGGUCGGCAUGAUCUGCACGGGGUACUAUACGGCUAUAGCUGUGUCGCUGUUCCCUACAGCUGUCAGAGCAAUGGGAGUAACAAUAGCAGUGACAGCCAACCGCCUCAGUAUGUUCAUUGCCAUUCAGAUCCUGAACUACCAGCUUCAGACCGCUUGCGAGAUGGGCUUCUUCAUCUUCUGUGGACUUUUCACUCUGUCAUCGAUGAUAGCAACAUUGCUUCCAGACGAGAGGAAAUCCGCUCGGCGGCUGUCGUUCUCACCGGGAGUGGUCAGACACAGUUUGGGAGGAAGAUUCUGA